UAAUAAAUCAUUUUUCAUGUGCACAAUUAUGUAUAGAUAGAUGUUAAGAACCUAUAAAUUGUUCAAACUAUUGAAAUUUACUUAUGGAUUUGGGUUGCAUUCUUCCGAGUCCAUGUAUAUUCCUUUGGGUGGGAUCACAAGGAUGUUGGUAGAAAAAAUAUUGGGAUGAGGGAGAUGAGUAGAGCAAAAUCGGUCGGGUUUGGGUAGUUGUCAACUUGUCACGUUCUUUCACACUCCGACUCCAUGUAUAUUCGUUUGUGCUUAAGAAUCUCCGGAGCAGCGUUGUCGGUUGACGUAUAAUACUCCGUAGUUUAUACUCCGUAUUUAUAUUAUAUGCGGAGUAUUAUACUUCGUACAUUAUUAUCAUACGGUACGUGUAUAUAUACAGUAUUAUUUAAUAAAAAGCAGGGAAGGACGGUCGCUUUGAAGUUCUGGACUCUUUCUCUUUUUCUCCCCUGGAAGCCUGAAGAGUCAGUGAGACAGUCCUCCCGUAUAAAAUUCUCCCUAGGGUUUUGCUUCCUUGCAUAUCUCUGCUCGAUCCAUUUGGUGUUCGAUACUCAUCAUCGGAAAAGCGAAAUGGGCUCCUCUUCUCUCCUACUCAGAUCUGCAGCAGCUGCAUCUCCUUUGAUGAACGUUUCUUCAUCUUCCCAUCGUUCCCAGGCAUAUUUGGCUUCCUCCCAUCAAGGCUCCAACUCUAUAAAGUUUGAAUCAAGCGUCUUUGGUUCAGUUCGCCCGAAUCUUCUUUCAUCUUCCUUGCAGUUAAGACGUGGCUCCCAUAGCAUUCGUCCUGCCAAAGCUACAGCAACAGAACUGCCCCCAACAGUUCCAAAAUUUCAAAGUCUGGGGAAGACUAGGGUUGGGAUAAAUGGGUUUGGGAGGAUUGGAAGGUUAGUUUUACGAAUAGCAACAUUGAGGGAUGACAUUGAUGUGGUUUCCGUUAAUGACCCUUUCAUUGAUGCUAAUUACAUGGCUUACAUGUUAAAGUAUGAUUCCACCCAUGGCGUGUUCAGUGGGACCAUCAAGGUUUUAGAUGGAUCUACCCUGGAAAUCAACGGGAAGGCUAUCAGUGUUACCAACAAGAGGGACCCGUCAGAUAUUCCUUGGGGUGACUCUGGGGCUGAUUAUGUGAUUGAGUCGUCUGGUAUCUUCACAACAGUGGAUAAAGCAUCAGCGCACAAGAAGGGUGGUGCACAGAAGGUUGUAAUCUCAGCUCCAUCUGCUGAUGCACCUAUGUUUGUGGUGGGUGUUAAUGAGAAGACGUACAAAACCAGCAUGGAUGUCGUUUCCAAUGCCAGCUGUACUACCAAUUGCCUUGCUCCCUUGGCCAAGGUAGUUCACGAGGAGUUUGGUAUCGUGGAGGGUUUAAUGACCACUGUGCAUGCUACGACAGCCACACAAAAGACAGUAGAUGGACCUUCAAUGAAGGAUUGGAGAGGAGGGCGCGGAGCUGGGCAAAACAUAAUCCCCAGCUCAACUGGCGCUGCAAAGGCUGUUGGAAAAGUUCUUCCGGCACUCAAUGGUAAGCUUACUGGAAUGGCGUUCCGUGUUCCCACACCUAAUGUCUCCGUUGUAGACCUAACAUGUCGACUAGAGAAGAGUGCUACUUAUGAUGAUGUCAAGGAAGCCAUUAAGAAUGCGGCAGAAGGUCCAUUAAUAGGCAUUCUUGGAUACACCGAUGAAGAUGUCGUAUCGAAUGAUUUUGUUGGUGAUUCAAGAUCAAGCAUCUUCGAUGCAAAGGCUGGCAUGGGGUUGAACAACUCAUUGAUGAAGCUGGUAUCCUGGUAUGAUAACGAAUGGGGCUACAGCAACAGGGUUUUGGAUUUGAUAGAGCACAUGGCACUGGUUGCUGCCAAAAACUGAGGGCGCCGUUGAUGCUGAAGUUAGUUUGCUAUCGUCAUCAUUGUUAUGAUUAUUUUAGAAACUAGAUUGUUUCUUCUUGAGCGAGCCUUUUUGUUUGUUUAAUGUAAUGGGCUGUAUUUUCUAUUUAUUUUAAAAAAGUAGAACAAAUAAUUGGAGUUUGUAUGACUUGUGCUCGAUUGAGCCCUUAACUCCAUUUUUUUUUAUUAAACAGUGCUUCGUGUUAUUAUGAAGCAAGUUGUGAUUCUGCGUGGAAAAAUACAAGCCGUCACUGGGCAAAAUUGUACUGAUAAAUAAGAGCAAGUUGGCACUUGCCGUUUCAUAGAAGUUCCCGUUUCCC